AUGGCACCGCCUAUUGAUCCCACUCAAAAACGCCAAAAACCUCCACCGCCAAAUCCCCGUUUCGAGCAAAUCAUUGCUCUCGCUGCCACAGGACAUCUGAAGAUUGGGAACUUCAUAAUCAAAGAAACGAUUGGAAAAGGAGCAUUCGGAGCUGUCAAAAAGGGAACACACAUUGAAACCGGAUACAAUGUCGCUAUCAAGAUUUUGAAUCGUGGAAAGAUGAAGGGCCUUGGAACGGUUAACAAGACUCGAAACGAAAUCGAGAAUCUCCAACUACUAUCGCACCCCCAUAUCACCCGUCUCUUCCGUGUGAUCAGUACUCCAUCGGAUAUAUUUUUGAUUAUGGAAUUGGUGUCUGGUGGAGAGCUGUUCAGUUAUAUCACUAAGAAAGGAACGCUUUCCAUCAAAGAGAGCCGACGGUACUUCCAGCAAAUCAUCUCAGGAGUCAGCUAUUGUCACAAGCAUAUGAUUGUUCACAGAGAUUUGAAACCCGAAAAUCUCCUUCUCGACAGCAAAAAGAACAUCAAAAUCGCAGAUUUUGGACUAUCGAACUACAUGACCGACGGUGAUCUUCUCUCCACUUCGUGCGGAUCCCCGAAUUACGCAGCUCCAGAACUCAUAUCGAACAAUCUCUACGUUGGACCAGAAGUCGAUUUAUGGUCGUGUGGAGUUAUUCUGUACGCUAUGCUCUGUGGAACACUUCCGUUUGACGAUCAGCAUGUUCCGACACUCUUUAGUAAAAUUAAGAGCGGGCGCUACAUGGUCCCCUACUCGAUGGACAAACAAGCUGCUGAUCUGAUCGCGUCGAUGCUUCAAGUUGACCCAGUUAAACGAGCUGAUGUGAAGAAGAUUGUCAAUCAUAGCUGGUUCCAAGUAGACCUUCCAUACUAUCUGUUCCCAGAGUGUGAGAAUGAAUCGUCGAUUGUGGAUAUCGAUGUAGUUCAAUGUGUGGCGGCGAAAUUCGAUGUCAAGGAGGAAGACGUCACUGGCGCUCUUCUUGCCGAGGAUCACCAUCACUACCUCUCGAUUGCCUAUCGACUCGAAGUGAAUCACAAGAGAAACGCUGAUGAGCAUUCACAGAGGGCGAUGGAUGAUUUUUGGGAGAUUGGGAAGAAUAUCAAGAUGGGUACAGCCUCUUUGCCGACCAGUAUCAAGACAGUCAACAACGUUGGUAGAAAAAUUCUCGAAGGACUCAAGAAAGAGCAGAAACGAAUGACAUGGAAUCUGGGAAUCCGCGCUUGUCUCGACCCUGUGGACACCAUGUUCCACGUAUACAGAAGUCUUCGAGAAAUGAACAUGGAAUGGAAGAUACUCAGCAACUUUCAUAUCAUAGCCAGAUGCCAACCGACGCCGACGAAUCCAGAGCCGAUAAAGAUGUCGCUGCAAUUGUUCAGAGUUGAUAAGGAUAACGGUGGUCGAGGAUAUAUAUUGGAUUUCAAAGCAUUGACGGAGGAUGAUGAAGCGUUCCCACCGAGCCGCUGCCGUUCACGUGCUGCCUCGAUUUCUGUCGGACCUUCAACGCCCUCUAGAUCAAGUGGAAAUUUCAACGGAAACAACUCUCGACCGACCUACGCCACACCGCUCGUAUCUCCACUUAUGUCUCCAGCGACUCCAUCCAUUACAAUCCCAAAAGUUCGUGUUGAUGAGGCAGAAGCUUCACUGAAAUCGUCAGCUACUAAUAGCUAUUAUAUGGGAGAUAUCGAUAAUUCAAUCGAGAGCCUUGACGAAAUCUCCACGAAGUCGUUAGAACCCGAAGAGAUUACCCGCUCCCAAACGAUGGAAUUCUUCGCCACAGUUCACAUCAUAAUGCAGGCUCUUCUAGCUGAAUAA